AUGGAGCUCAAUAACUUCGAAUUCCUAGCCUUCUUCCUUUGCUCAAGCAUUUUCGGUCUGCUCUCCGCAGUCUGGUCUACAACUGAACUCAUCAGCGAUCGUGAGAUCGUUCUCUUGAUCGGAGUCUUUGUCGCAGUCGCGAUCGCGCUUCUCGCGCGUCUAUCCACCAGCAAGGCGCUCACCAAAUUCCUCACGAUCGACGUUGACGGGGUACACGAGAAACAGCUUCGCGAUCUCAGUGAAGCGCAUCGUCGUCACGUCGCGAGCGUAAAGCACGAGAGCAAUCGCGAGAACCUUCGCCUUCGUAACGACAUCAACUACGCUGCUAUGAAAUUCGACCGCCUAUACAACGAGCACGACUACAUGUCUAGCAUGUACCAGCAGCAGAUGCACCACACUCAAGAACAAGACGACCGCAUCGAGUACCUCGAGAAGAAGCUUCAAGAGUUCGGACAGUCUACCCCCGUUACUCGCGCUCCUUUCUCCGCGCCGCACUCUCAGAUCAGCUUCUCGCUUCCGCCACGUCGCCAGCGAUCUGAGGAGGCCUUCAACUACGUUCCUCUCAAGGGCUCACUGUCUCAGGUUGUUGAGAGCAAGGAUGAAUAA